AGUACUAUAGCCGUCUUAAAUAAACAUUCAAAAAUUCAUUUUUUUCUUGGCGUAGGCACGACAGCAUCUUUGUUAUUUUUUUCAAAUAUUGUUUAAGCUCGCCGCGGCGCAGUGCUCUGUUUCAUUCAGCGGACGAAUUCAAGCCAAGCGGAGCAGCUGUUUAUCGCGUCGUCGCCAUUGUUGUUUGCUCUCUCGUUCUCGCGUUCCCUUCCAGUCUCGCUCGAUUCUCGUGGCGCGUGGACGUUUGCGUUGCGCCAGGAAAUACAUCACGGUUUCCUUCUUUGUCCAGAAAUUGUAAUCUGGAAACUAAGGAGCAAGCUUGUGCUUGCGUACACGUUUGAAAACUUACCGUUGCGUGUGUGAAAUAACUGGUGAAAUCUGCUGGUGUAUCCCGUCGUGUGUGUGCGUUCAGUGAUUCCCGCAUAGUCGUUCGAGCAUGAAUAAUAAAGAAGCAGCCGGUGAUCUCGUCGCGUGGAUCUCGGGUGCGAGCUGGUGACCGGAGCGGAGUGCGGGUGUCGUGGGGUCCCUGUGAUGAGUCUGCGGUGACGGCUCGCCGCGGAGCGGUUGGAUGGCGGCAGUGACCGGCCCCGCGCGGCACUCUCGCGUGUCAAUGAGUGUGUCAAUGUCGCUGAUGCAGGGCGGAACGCCGACCGCGUCGCAGGGCGCCAUCCUGGCGGCGGCGGCGCCCUACUACCAGACGCCGGCCAUCCCCUCGGAUGUUCAGCCCGACCGGCCGAUCGGCUACGGCGCCUUCGGUGUCGUAUGGGCGGUGACGGACCCGCGCGACGGCCGGCGCGUGGCAUUGAAGAAGCUGCCCAACGUUUUCCAGUCGCUCGUCUCCUCCAAGCGCGUCUUUCGCGAGCUCAAGAUGCUGUGUUUCUUCAAACAUGAAAACGUACUAUCGGCGUUAGACAUCCUUCAGCCGCCCACGCUAGACUUCUUCCAAGAAAUAUACGUGAUCACGGAGCUACUACAGAGCGACCUGCACAAGAUCAUCGUGUCGCCGCAACACCUCUCCGCCGACCACAUCAAAGUCUUCCUCUACCAAAUACUCAGAGGUCUAAAGUAUCUACACUCGGCUCGGAUCCUGCACCGCGACAUCAAGCCCGGCAACCUCCUGGUGAACAGCAACUGCGUGCUGAAGAUAUGCGACUUCGGACUGGCCAGGGUCGAGGAGCCGGAUGCCAGCAAGAACAUGACGCAGGAGGUGGUCACGCAGUACUACAGGGCACCUGAAAUCCUGAUGGGCGCCAAUCAUUACACGGCGGCCGUGGACGUGUGGUCGGUCGGCUGCAUUUUUGGCGAGCUGCUCGGCAGGAGGAUCCUCUUCCAGGCUCAGAGUCCAGUGCAACAGUUGGAGUUGAUAACAGAGCUGCUAGGCACGCCAUCGCUAGAGGACAUGCGGCACGCGUGCGCGGGCGCGCGCGCCCACAUGCUGCGACGCGCACCGCGCCCGCCCGCGCUCGCCGCUCUCUACACACUCUCCGUGCAGGCCACGCACGAGGCCGUGCACUUGCUCGCUCAGAUGCUAGUAUUCGACCCGGCGAAGCGCAUCUCGGUGGUGGACGCGCUGGCGCACCCGUACCUGGAGGAGGGGCGGCUGCGCUACCACUCGUGCAUGUGCCUGUGCUGCUACAGCGCGCCGCCCGCCGCGCGCCACUACUCGCCCGACCUGGAGCCCGUGGCGCCCAUGCCCUUCCACGACGGCUGGGAGCGCAAGCUCACCUCCGUGCACCAGGUCAAAGAGGAAAUCCACAAGUUCAUAGCGGAGCAGCUGCAAACGUCGCGCGUACCGCUCUGCAUCAACCCGCAGUCCGCGGCGUUCAAGAGCUUCGCAAGCUCCACCGUGGCGCACCCCAGCGAGCUGCCGCCGUCGCCGCACCAGUGGGAAUGACCCGACAAGCGGCGCGCCCUCUACACCUCCACGCGAUAACCGCUACCACCACAUGUGCGGGCUUUCACACGUCACUGACGUACUAGCUACGCGGUUUGAGAACUAACACGAACUGCGCGGGGCGUAUAUCGCCUACUCAUUGGCUGGGUAUUGGAGAUUUACGAUCGAUGGAACGUUCUACGGUUCUCAUGAGACCGCGAUUGCCCGGGGUGCGUUAUCAAAGUGCCCGAAUGAGUUAUGGACCGCCAUGAAAAUACGGUAUCAAAAAUCCGCAGUACAUUAGAAGCCCCGAAGGAUCCGGUCGCGUCGCGUUCCAACGGUGAUACGAAAUGUAAUUGUAAUUCUAAGAAGAUUUCUUUUUAGUGGACGUUUCCUACGUUUUAAAAUAAGAAUUUGGUAGAACCUGGCGUAGUUUUUCCUGUUUUUUUAGAUCCAUCGCGUGAUCUUAGUACCUACACGUUCUGUGCUGACGCUAAUACAACUUUCCAGUUUCUUAUUUGAAUAUAAACAAUUUGGUUUUAUGUACAAAAAUGAUGAAAUAUCCUUAGUUAAUUUCAAUCGGCACAGAAUGAACUAGUCCUUUCGCUAGAUUGUGUUUAAAGAUUCCUUUGAUUUGCUUUCUAAUAAAUCUGUAAUCGAUAGCUAUCUGUAACUAAAAUGUAAAAAAACCGCACCAUACCUCAUCGCGAUAAUAUUGUAGAGCGCAUUCGUGUUAGAUGUAAUCUUUACCCCUUUAAUUAAAUAUCCUGCACGAAUUGUUAUUAAAAGUUUCAGUUUUGGGGUUACAACUAUAGCAAAACCUUUAGUAGAAUCGCAGCGAGACUCCUUAUCUAUUAAAAAUGAUAAUACUCAGGUUUUGCUAUAUUUUUCACCACUAGUAAAAUUUCGAAUAUCUAUCACUAUUUAAAACUUCAUAACACUCGUGCAGUCGUGAAAGCAAAACGAGGAUCUAUUAACACUACAUGUGACGUCACUCUACCAAAUAUAUAUUUUGUCCUAUUUACUUAGCGUAGAGUAUAGCGUUGUGUGGGUAGUUUAGCUUAGAUUUGAUAUCGAAUCGCGAGCGGACGAGUCAACUGCGACACAACGAAAGUCGCCUCGACGACAUACGAAUAAGUCAUCAGUUAAGUGAAAAGGACACAGUGAAAGACAAGUGAAGCUGCGGCUUAACGAACUAUGUAGGAGUACCUACUCACGCUCGAAGUAAGAUGACUCGGUAAAGGUACGAAUGGUAUCUUCGCAUUGAAAUCGGGAUGCCCUUUAGACUAGUUAUGUUCAUUAAUUUAGCGAUUCCAUGUAAUUAUACAUUUGUAUGUAAUUACUAAUUAAUGUGUAGGUUUCAUUGUGUGCCUCAUUGUGUUUCGUAUGGACAUUGCUAGCAAUAAAUGUUGCAAUAUAAUUAAUUAUUAAUGCGUAAUAAUCGAUUUGAAUUUCAUUUUAUGUGACCGAAUUAUUGGAGUAUUGAUUUGUUUGUGUUCUGUACGUUUAAUAUGUCUUGGGAAGGGUCGCCGGGCGCGCGUACUUAACGUGCUGGAGUUGUGAGACGGACUCGCGACGAAUCUCGGCCGCCAGCGCCUCUUCCUCACCUACUUGUAAUAUAAUAUUGUAUCUUAAGCUUACUCCUAAACACCAUUGUAUGUAACAUCGACUGAACAUUUUUACGUAGCUAGGAUAGGUAGAAUUAGAAGUAUUAAAACUACUAACCCGCUCUAUACGACAAGUAUAUAAAUAGAUAAAACGAGUUCUCGUGAGUACUAUCGCUGCGGUAGUGAGACGUAUAGGGAAUAUAAAUGUAAUGGAUACGUGUGUAUUUCGAGCAUUUAUAGAUUUAGAGGUUUGUAAUAAGUAUACUGGGGUGUGUUAGUGUGCGUGGUCACGUAGUUCUUCAUUGGCGAGUACGUAUGAAUAAACGUACAGUAAUUAGUUCAAAAUUGAUGUUCUAUUUGUGUUGUCGCUCACGCCGCUAACAUAUGACUAGAAUAGUGACUUUGUGUGAGUGUCGAGAGACGUCGUAGCCUUAAAACUAGUUCAAAACUAUAACAAAAUGAAAAGAAUGUAAAUAAAUGAAAGUAUAGUAUUAUUGUUAGGCCCUAGUAUGGUUUGGGAGGUAAGCCUUGUAGUAAACCCACUCAUGUAUGUACAUAGGUUCCACUGCUUGUUGCAACCGUAGCGCUUCAAAGUAAAAUGAUUUAAUAGCACCUCUAAUGCUUAAAAAAACAUUCAGACGAAUUUGCCAACGAUAAUUUAUAAAUUAUAUGAUUUUAUUAAUUCCGUCGUAAAUGUAAAUUACACGAAUAAUUAGUCGUUUUGUUUCAUUCAUCGAUCGAAAAGGUGCGAUCAAUAUGUCACCUAUUUUAAUAUGAAAAGGUACAGUAUCUUUCCUCGGUUGCAACAAGCAGCUAUAGUUGAAAUUAUUUGUUAUGAACGUGUCGUAUUUAACUAAAUUCACUGUAAUAUCGUAUCUAUUAUCUAAACAAAAAUAUUGAUUGUGCAAGUUCAUGGAAUAAUUUCAAGUAUAAAGUACAGCAGGCUCUGGUCCGUCGUGCGCGGACACCUCGCCUUAGUUAACUAACACUGUGAUCCGCUAGGCGUAAUUAUUGGAACGGGGUCGCUACAAGCUCUAGCGAUGCUAGGUUUGAGAGUGUAAUAGUCCCCUUCGAUGGUCGAUAGUGCCAUGUAUGUAUGCGUUAUAUCAAAUGGGUGUAAACUCUCCGUAAGUGUAAUGCCUGAGUGGACGCUCAAGUUGGGCGUGCAGCGGGGCGUGCGGCGUGCACGGCAAGCAAAUGCAAACGUAUAGGAGCGGCCGCAGUGCACGCUGCUCAAAGCACUUGUGAGCCCGACGCCACGCUGCACGCCCCGCCGAACGCUCCGCUUCGAGCGUCCACUCAGGCCUUACAUUAAGGCUUCACCAGCCGAGGCCGCAUGCUGUGUAAAGUGUAACUUUGUGUAGAAAAAGCAUUUCUGUAGAACGUGAUGCUGUACGUACUUACUUACACAAAAUAACUGCGCCGACUAAAAAUCAACGCCUUACGUGUGAGUGUGUUCACACGCAUUUGAUACAGCGUUUAAAUGUGUGGCACUGUCAACCAACAAAAGCGAAUGUUAAUUGCUCUUAAAUUACUCGUACAUAAGCAAAAUACUAUUUCACUGUACCUUGAGCGUAAAUCACGUGACGGGUAUUUAUUUAAAGAUUUUAUUUCUUUACCAUAACACAUUGUACGGUUUCUGUUUGAAUAACUCAAAAUAAUUGAGAGCGUAGGCGGCAAUUUUACUAUACAUCGGAACUUCAUUACACCUGAGAAAUAUAUUGCAAAAUUCACCGAAUUUAUGUAAUCAGUAGAAAAUAUCUGUCACUUUCACGGCUCUAACUUAGCGAGUAGGUAGUAGUAUAGUUGGUUGUGUCCAAUAUCUAUCGCCUUUGUCAAUUCGCUUAAUAGGGCUUGUAGCUGCCUCGAUACACACCCGUAUACAGUCACUCUUUGUAUGUGACCAUGUAUGUACAUAUAGUCAAGUGAUUAUUUACCGUAUUUACAUAUUAUUGGUUUUAGAAUUUCGCUUACCGAUCGACUUUUGUAAGCAAAGUAUAUUUCAGUCUAGUCUCUAAAUCUACAUUACAUCACAUUUUUAAGUUGAUUUGAAAAUUCCGUACGGCAUUUUUUUAUUUAUAGAGCUAGACUGGGGUAUGCUUUAGAUAUAACUUUGUAAUGACGUUCGAUUGGAUGUAUGUAAAUAAGAAUAUAAUAAGUAGACGCAUAGAGGUAUUCGGCGUUUGUAAAGGGUUAGGUGCGCUCGCGCACACGCGGCGCCUGCGAACACGCUUCUUAUUUUAUGUCCCGAACAUACUUGAACAUGAUACUUCACUGGAAGAUAUUGUCAUUAAAUAACAUAAGGAUGAUUGAAACUUCUGCAUUCAGUGUACUUUAUUGCGUGACGGUGUCAUAAGGAUAGAAGAUAAGUACUCGGAGUCUUAUGCACGGUUGGGGUGAAAAUAAGGUAUAUUCGAGUGAGAUUCAAUUCAAAUCUCCCCGUUAAUUUUUGUUUCAUGCGGAAUAGUAUACAUUUUGCUAGUAGAUCGCCUGUGGAGACAAAAGGUAGAUUUUUUUUGGCACCUUCGUUUAAAGUGUACAAUAAUGACGCGUUUUAUGAAAAUGUACCAGUGCUUAAUUCCUUCCCAGGUGGAGUGCGUGGUCUAGUGUGGUCGGGCUUAUGUAAUGUACGUAUCGCGUUUCCAGACUUUCAGAGAUCUCGUAUUGUUUAAGUUCCGCGUACACGACUGUCUUCACAUACACAAGUGACCUUUAGUGUUAGUUUAGUUUCGUACUCCUCGGCCAGUCCUCGGCUUUUCUACUAUUAUAAUAAUUUACUCGAAUGAAUAAGUCACUUGCGGGCUCGUUCCCGAUCUAAUUCAAUUGUGUAAAUAGUAAUAAUUACAAUGUUUAAGUUUCUUUCAAUAAUGAUCUUAGUUUUUACUCAGUACCGCCACGAUUUAUGUUAUAAUUUUAAUCCUGAUUUAUACUUGAAAACUUAAAAAAAAAAAUACAAAAAAUUAUAAAAUAUCGUAUUUUCUUGUGAUUCUUUUCUAUUUACCAGUCGUAAUGUACAUAGUAGGUAUUCUGUGCACUGAUAGUCGGUUUUAAGUUACUCUAACUAUAGGUUAAAAUAUCAAAUGGCUGUAUUAAUUCUCGUUAUAUCGCCCAAGACAAAAUGUUCACUUAUAAGACUUAGUAGUUGGAAUGUUCGCUUGAUGUCGGGACCUCUGUCAAUGUUUCCUAUGUAUAGUUUGUUUUAGUUUAAUUUUGUAACGGACUGUAGCGUUUAGUUCCGAAAUGUGACAGAGUGUGUAAUGUAAAUAUAUGAUACGUGUUUCUGUCGUGUACGGAAUUAGUUGCAUUUUACCAUUGUUGCGACCUGCCAAAACUAUUGUAAUAAUUUUGUAGCGUUAUGUUCGCGGCCAAGGCGUUACCGCUGAGCCGCGGACUCUAGGUAGGCGGUGGUAGACGGUGUCAGCCGGUACCGCGCUGGUCGCGGCGUAGAACGCGAGCAAGCAGCUGUAACAUCGGGCUCGCGAUACUGUAACAAUAAAACUACUGCAUAAUUA